UUUCCCCUAAUUUCUUUUCUUCUCUCUUCUCUUCAAACUUAACUAAUCCUUUCCUUUCUUUUCUUUUUCUCAUAAGAUCCUACUUUUCUUUUUCUCGUAAGAUCCUAAACGUAGUGGAAGUUCGAGUUCGGGCUCAAGAGAUUCGUAAGAUUUACUUAGAGAGGGAGAAGAUAUGCAGACGGAGGCUAGGGUUGGGGUGGUGGUGGAAGGGGGAGCGCUCGAUUCGAGCCAGGGAUGUGUGGCCGUCGACGGCGGUCCGGCGCAUAAAUUCGUGGAGCAGCGGAGGGCGUGGCAUCAGCAAUCGCAGAUCGGGACCAUUUCGCAACUCUUAGCCGGCGGCGUCGCUGGUGCCGUCAGCAAGACCUGUACGGCGCCGCUUGCUCGGCUCACCAUCCUUUUUCAGGUGCAAGGCAUGCACUCUGAUGUUGUUACAUUGAGAAAAGCUAGCAUUUGGCGUGAGGCUUCACGCAUUGUUAGUGAAGAAGGAUUUAGGGCUUUCUGGAAAGGAAAUCUAGUUACGAUUGCUCAUCGUCUGCCUUACUCUUCUAUCAGCUUUUAUGCAUUUGAACGCUACAAGAAUCUAUUGCAGUGUAUUUUGGGGAUGGAAAGUUGCAGGGAAAAUGUAAGUGCAGACCUUUGCAUAAGACUUGUAGGUGGUGGUUUGGCUGGAAUAACUGCUGCGUCUAUUACAUACCCAUUGGAUCUUGUAAGGACACGUCUUGCAGCCCAGACAAAUGUCAUCUACUAUAGAGGUAUAUGGCAUGCUCUACAUACCAUUAGCAAGGAAGAAGCUGUCUUUGGCCUUUAUAAAGGACUUGGGGCAACAUUGUUGGGUGUUGGGCCUAGUUUUGCAAUCAGCUUUACGGUUUAUGACACCUUGAGAUCUUACUGGAACUCGCAAAGGCCCGAUGACUCCACUGCCCUGGUCAGCCUUGCUUGUGGCAGUCUUUCAGGCAUAGCAUCAUCUACAGCAACGUUUCCUCUGGACCUUUUGAGGCGACGAAUGCAGUUGGAAGGAGCAGGUGGCCGAGCCCGUGUGUAUAACACAGGCCUUUUCGGUACGUUUGGGUAUAUAAUCAGAACUGAAGGCUUUCGUGGUUUGUACAGAGGGAUUUUGCCGGAAUACUACAAGGUGGUGCCAACUGUUGGUAUAGUUUUCAUGACUUACGAGAAACUGAAGCAGAUUUUAUCGGAUAUUCCUGCCAAUAACUAGUUGCCCCCACAUCUCUGUGAGAUCAUUUUGGUGAUUCAAUUGAUUGGGAUUUUGGUGAAAGUAGUUCAAAGAUAUCAACAUAUGAUAUUCAGUCUCAAUUAUCCCAUGGUGGUUAGUUUUGUGACCACUAGUUGUGGAAGCCGUAUAUUUUCCAUGUAUAGAUUGCAAGACGAACACCACGUGACCUCACAUCUCAAGUGUAUCAAACAUUGUUCAGCAUAUAUACACCCUGACUAACAUUAAGAGCAUUGAUUUUACUUCAUGAACUUUUUUGUCUGAUUUUCAUAGUAGAGUUUCUUGUUGUUCUUUCA